AUGGCAUCAAGCAAUCAUUCUUCAGUGGCUGAGUUCACCUUACAAAGUUUCUCUGAAAAUCCUCAGGUUCAGAUCUUCCUCUUCAGUCUCUUCUUAGGACUUUUCAUAGUGGCUUUCACAGGUAACUCCGUCAUUGUCAUUGUGAUCAGUCUAAAUCCAGGCCUCCAUACACCCAUGUACUUUUUCCUUAUAAAUUUGGCCUUCUUGGAUGUUCUCUCUGCCUCCACUGUGGUGCCCAAGUUGCUGCAGAACCUAAUGACUAAGAACACCAUUUCCUAUGGUGGCUGCAUAGCUCAGAUCUAUUUCUUAACUUGGUGUUUGGCAGCAGAGGUCUUGGUUUUUACAGCCAUGGCCUAUGAUCGGUAUGUAGCCAUCUGCCAGCCCCUCCAUUACAGCACUAUUAUGAACAAGGCAGCUUGCUGCCUCAUAGCAUCUGCAGUGUGGGCUAUCAGUGGGACCAAUACAACAAUACACAUCAUAUUGACUGUUCGCUUGUCUUUUUGUGGCCCCAAUGUCAUUGAUCAUUUCUUUUGUGAGAUUCCUCCCUUAUUGCCUCUCUCUUGCUCCUCAACCUAUGUCAACAAUGUAAUGGUAAUUAUGGCAGACAUGUUCUUCGCUAUUUUCAAUUUUCUGCUCAUUCUGGUGUCCUAUGGUUUUAUCAUCUCCAGCAUCUUGAAGAUCCGGACUAAGGAAGGGAAGAAGAGAGCUUUUUCCACUUGUUCCUCCCACCUAAUUGUGGUAGCAAUGUAUUAUUGCCCUAUUAUUUAUAUAUAUAUUGUUCCUGGUUUGAAUCCCAAAAGGAGUAAACUGGCUGGUGUGCUGUACACUAUGCUGAGCCCAACUUUGAAUCCUCUGAUCUAUACCCUAAGGAACAAGGAGGUCAAAAUGGCCCUUGGGAAGCUCUUUCCAUUCUUUAGAAAUUAA